UCAACGGUCACACUGAAGCAUUGAACAGCAACAAUUGCAUUGCGUAGAAAAAUAAAAAAGACCGUUUGACUAAUUCAACGCAAUAAUUUGUAUUAAUAAAAUCCAGAAUACGCGCCAAUAAAAGACAACAAUCCGAUACAAGCAAAUAAAAAUAAUUGUAUAAAUAUAUAAUUGUGUCACCUGUGCGUCGUUUUUUGUUCUGUGUGUGUGCCUUGGUGCGUUUGCUUUGUUCAUCUGUAGGAGAGCCUCAGUUGAGUUAGUGUUGGUUUGAGUGACUGACCGUGUGUGUGAGUGCGAGUCAGUGUGCGUGCGUGUGUUGUGUGUGCGUUUGUGCGCGUGCCGUAACGUGAAAUGGCAAAGAAAACUUACGAUUUGCUUUUUAAACUCUUAUUAAUUGGAGAUUCGGGCGUUGGAAAAACCUGUAUACUCUUCCGAUUCUCGGAUGAUGCCUUCACAUCCACAUUUAUAUCAACCAUAGGAAUUGAUUUCAAAAUCAAAACAGUCGAACUCAGGGGCAAAAAGAUCAAACUACAAAUAUGGGACACUGCCGGCCAGGAGAGAUUUCACACAAUCACCACAUCCUAUUAUCGUGGCGCAAUGGGGAUAAUGCUCGUCUAUGACAUAACGAAUGAGAAAAGUUUCGAGAAUAUCGUUAAAUGGCUGCGGAAUAUAGACGAGCAUGCAAAUGAGGAUGUGGAGAAGAUGAUAUUGGGCAACAAGUGCGAUAUGUCGGACAAGCGAGUGGUCAGCAAAGAGCGCGGCGAAGCGAUUGCACGGGAACAUGGCAUUCGGUUUAUGGAAACAUCCGCCAAAUCAAAUACAAACAUCGAGGGCGCAUUUUGUGAGCUUGCCGAGGCCAUAUUAGAUAAAACAUCUGGACGCGAAUCGGCCGAGAAUACCGAGCGUGUCGUCAUUGAUCGCGGCAAUGGCGACAAGGCGCCGGGCUACAACAAGUGUUGUGCGUAAUGCGGUUCUAUGACACUUGCCUAGUUUCAACGUUCGCGGUUGGUUUUGUGAUCUACAUUACAUGCAUAUACACACACACACAUAUACACAUAAAUAAGUGCAAGCAAACACACACACACAUAUACACACACAUACAUAUAUAUACAUAUAUAACAAACUUGGCAAAACCUAGCGCUUUUCGGUGUAUCUAUUUUGUGUUGUUUUUUUUCUUUGUACGUUUUUGCUAAUAGUGAUCGUUGUUGUAUGCUGCGUGUACUGCGUUUUCGACCAGGUGGCAACGUCGCCACCCACCCCCGGCCAAUUGCAAUUUGCAAUCGAUCUGCUUGCUGUCUCGCUCUAACCAACACGACUUCAAAACUAACCAAGUGUCAUAGCCGUCAGUCACAGUCAGUGUGAAAAACUGCAUCAACCAGCUAAGCAAUAAAUUUAGGCAAACACACAUAUGUAAAACAAAUACACACACACACACACGAGCGCGGGGCGAGAGCAGAAAAACAACCUACCUAAAGUUUAAUAUAUACACAUAUACUCUAUAUAAAUAUAUAUUAUAAUAUUGUAUACUGUGUAAUUUGGAGUAAAUUUACAACAAGAAAGAAAACAAGAACAAAACAUAGAACACAAGUGUUGGAAAACGCACAACCCAAACAAAAACAAAAACCAAAACAGAACCGCAACGAAACGAAUUGAAUAGUAGAAGAAGAAGCAGCAAAAAAAAAGUGGAAAGUGUUUUUUUUGCUGUUGCAUUUUGCAACUGGAACGGAAACGGAAAUGGAAAUAAAUGAUCGAAAGAAACACACACAUUUGUAUUUGUAUAUGGUUAAUAUUGUAAUACCACGAAAUGAAAACAAAGCUUAAACUUUAACUGAAACUAAAGAAGAGAGAAAACCAAUUAAAUAUUAAUGUAUGUGUAUCGUUUUUAGCCUCACUUUCGGAGAGAUCACUUAAGUGUGUAUGCAUGUGUGUGUGUGUGUGUAGAACUGUAACUGUAACUUUGUAACUAAUGUUUUUUCUAAUGCAAAACUUUUUAAAUGCGAUCAGCAAUUUUUAUACGCUCUCCUCUCCUCCCCCAAAUAAAGAAAUAAAUACUUGGGGAAAAAAGAAAAAAAAACAACACGCGCAUUAGGC